AUGAUCUUUCUCGCAGAAAUUUUCCACAUCACAGUCCUGACAGCUCUAUUGAUUCUCGGGAUUAUCGGAAAUGGGUUUCUAGUGGUCGUGAAUGUUAGGAAACUGAUUCAAAACAAAAGGAUGCUCUCCAUUGAGCUCCUCCUCACCUGCCUCGGGAUGUCGCGGUUCAGCCUGCAGAUUUUGUUAACAUUUCAAGGCAUCGUGAGCAUAUUCUUUGUGCCCUUUUAUCGGCAGAAUGUUUAUGGUUCUCAGUACCUCUUUACCUGGAUGUUUCUAAACUCUUCCAGUGUCUGGUUUGCCACCUGUCUGGGCAUUUUCUACUGCCUCAAGAUCUCUGGCUUCUCACAUCCCUACUUUCUGUGGCUGAAAUUCAGGGUCUCCAAACUGAUGCCCUGGCUGCUGCUGGGAAGCGUGCUGGUCUCCGGGAUCACCGGCAUCCUGUGUGCCCAUGUGUUCGAUUACUCCACAGUGUCCUACGUUGACUGGUACAACAAUGCCUCCCUGGCCAGCCCGGAUUCUGAAAGACGCAAAAGCAAUAAUGUGCUCGUAAUCAACUUGGUGUUGAUAUUUCCCCUAGGUCUGUUUGUCACGUGUACAGUGAUGUUGCUCAUCUCUCUUUACAGCCACACUCACCGGAUGCAAACCAGGUCCUCGGCAUCGAGUAAUCCCAGUACAGAAGCCCAUCUCAACGCCUUGAGGACCGUGAUCACCUUCUUUUGCUUUUCCAUUUCCUACUUUGCAGCCCUCAUGGUGAACCUGACACACAGAAUGCCCGUUCGAAGCAUCUGGUUCUUUUUCCUAAAAGACGUGAUGGCAGCUUACCCCUCCGGCCACUCUGUUUUCAUCAUUCUGGGCAAUUCCAAAUACCAGCAGUCAUUCAGGAAGAUCCUGGGUCUCGCAAAGAAGCCAUAA